AUGCAUGCUCCUACUACUGUGCACUGGGGUCUCUUGAAACUUGUCAUUCGAUACGUCAAAGCCACUCUCACAUAUGGUCUACAAAUCACGCGGUCAAACUCUACUGAAAUCCAUGCGUACUCUGAUUCUGACUGGGCUGGCUGCCCAGUUGAUCACAAAUCUACCGGUGGUUAUGCAGUCUUUCUUGGCUCGAAUUUGGUUUCUUGGGUCUCCCGUAAACAGCGGAUCGUGGCCCGUUCAUCCACAGAGAGCGAGUACAAGGGGUUAGCUGAUGUUGCUGCUGAGGUCACUUGGGUUGUAUCUCUACUUCAAGAGCUGGCGCUGCAUUCUGGGACUCCUGCAACGCUAUGGUGCGAUAACCUGAGGGCUACCUACUUAUGUGCCAAUCCAGUUUUCCAUGCCCGCACCAAGCACGUGGAAAUUGACUAUCACUUUGCCGGGACAAAGUAG